UCCACUAAUCUCUCCUUAAGUGUCUCUAAACCUCCUAACACUUCCAUCAUUUUAGCAUGGCUGAGUCAUCAGACAGCCGCCGGAAGGGGGCCGGGGCCGGAAAGCGGGCCAGUGAGGCGGCAACAUCAGAACCGGGCUCGAUUCCUAACUCGCCAUGUGGGGCGUGCAAGUUCUUGAGAAGAAAGUGCGUUAGCGGUUGCAUCUUUGCGCCUUACUUUGGGUCUGACCAGGGUGCAGCCCGGUUUGCUGCGGUGCACAAAGUGUUUGGAGCUAGUAACGUGUCGAAACUACUAAUGCACAUACCGGUUAACCGGAGACAACAUGCGGUUGUGACUAUUUCUUAUGAAGCGCAGGCUCGGUUGUCUGACCCGGUUUAUGGUUGUGUUUCGACUGUUCUGGCUUUGCAACAACAGGUGGCGUCAUUGCAGACAGAGCUAGCCAUGGUCCAAAACCAGCUGAUAAACAACAGGCUCCUAGUGGCAAACGCGCUUCAGGGUUCACAACAGCAACUAGAACCGGCGCACCAUCUUUCACUCUUGCAGCCGGCUUAUUCAAACGCUUCAUCUGCUUCAAAUAACAACAUACUUAACAUCAACAGCUUUGAUUCGAGUUUGAAUAAUCUCGCAGAAGAUCAUCAUAGUGCUACUCUUUCGCAACAGAGUUUUAAUCCCCUGCAAUUAUGUCAACCGUGUCAUGAUGACGAAGAUGACGAUGAGGAAGAAAGUGGGGAUCCUUUGGCUUUUGCUAAUCAGAUGCUUCAAUCUAGAUAA